AUGGGUGUCCGGUCCCUACGGAGGGCGGCUGGCUGGGAUGCAGGCUGUCCGGUCCCUGCGGAGGGAACGGACAGAAUCGCCUUAAACAUUUCAAAGUCAAGUCAGGACCCCAAACCCACCGUGUCCAAGACCGCUCCUGCCGCGCCCCCCCCCGCCCCGCCCAACCCCACUCAGAAAACGCCGGUGAAGAAGGCCCACAAGACCACCGGCGCAGCCAAGCGCAAGGCGUCCGGGCCCCCGGUGUCCGAGCUCAUCACCAAGGCCGUGGCCGCGUCCAAGGAGCGCAGCGGCGUGUCCCUGGCCGCGCUCAAGAAGGCGCUGGCGGCCGCCGGCUACGACGUGGAGAAGAACAACAGCCGCAUCAAGCUGGGCCUCAAGAGCCUGGUGAGCAAGGGGACCCUGGUGCAGACCAAGGGCACCGGCGCCUCGGGCUCCUUCAAGCUCAACAAGAAGGCGGCCUCGGGGGAGGCCAAGCCCAAGGCCAGGAAGGCGGGCGCGUCCAAGCCCAAGCGGGCGGCGGGGACGGCCAAGAAGCCCAAGAAGGCAGCCGGGACCGGCACCCCCAAGAAGAGCGCCAAGAAGACCCCGAAGAAGGCCAAGAAGCCCGCCACGGCCACCGUCACCAAAAAGGUGGCCAAGAGCCCAAAAAAGGAGAAAGCGGCCAAGGCCAAAGCAGCCAAACCCAAUACGGUAGCCGCCAAGAAGUAAGAAUUCAGGCUACAGAAGAAUGCUUUAACGACUCUUUUCAGAGCCACACAACUAAUCUUAUGAAAGAAUUGUAUCACUUGCUUCCUCCAGCAUCUUUCACAAUUCAACCAAGUACACAGCAACCUUUCAUUAGAAAAGGGAUGGACCUUAGCUCUAAAAACAGCCUUUGAGCUUAAGGCUAGAUGCUAUCACCGGCUUAAAAGAAUUUACGCCCUCUCCCCGCGGAUGCGGCGCGCCAGCUGGAUGUCCUUGGGCAUGAUGGUGACGCGCUUGGCGUGGAUGGCGCAGAGGUUGGUGUCCUCGAAGAGCCCCACCAGGUAGGCCUCGCACGCCUCCUGCAGCGCCAUGACGGCCGAGCUCUGGAAGCGCAGGUCGGUCUUGAAGUCCUGCGCGAUCUCGCGCACCAGGCGCUGGAACGGCAGCUUGCGGAUCAGCAGCUCCGUGGACUUCUGGUAGCGCCGGAUCUCGCGCAGGGCCACCGUGCCGGGCCGGUAGCGGUGCGGCUUCUUGACGCCGCCGGUGGCCGGCGCGCUCUUGCGGGCCGCCUUGGUGGCCAGCUGCUUGCGCGGGGCCUUGCCGCCCAUCCACUUCCAUGGUGACAGCUGUUUGCGCAAGGCCUGAUGGACAAGCAAGCAGUUGCCUUCCUGCAAGGCAUCCUAAAAUUAACCACAACACUUCAACACUUACAUGAAGGAAAGAGGAAACCAUACCACACUCUCUCUCUCUCUCUGAUUGGACAGACAUUUAAUUCCAAGGCUCCAAGGGAAUCAAACCAAUAUAGGUUAGUAACCUUCACUCCCUGAAUCACAUGAUCUCCAGUGCAUUUAAUCCAAAAAUUAAUGUCUUCAAAGAAAAAAAUCAAUAUCUUCCUCCAAUCUAUUAACCUAACUGCUUAUGUUGUCAACUUUCUCAUCUCUACCUUAUUUAUAGUGAUCUAUUAUCUACCUUAACUGUUUAUUUACAAUGUUCUCUAGCUUUUGAAAGCAGAAUUUGAUGCAAAUUAUUACAAUGAUACUUCUUGUGAGCUGAAUAAAAAUUUAAAGUAUGGCCUCUCAAACUGGCUUUCUUUACAUAAUUUUGAAAAGACACCCUCUAGAUGCGAUUGUCCACGUAAU